UAUUUUUUCAAUAUUUAAUUUAAAUAUAUUUAAGGAAUUUUAAAUAUGGAUAUUGAUUAUAAAUCUAUAGUUGAUGAUGAACUUUCAAUUCAAAAUAACAAAUCAUGCAAAGGUAAAGAAACAAUGACAUAUAAUAUUAAACAAAAUGAUGACGUACUUCCAUGGGUUGAAAAAUAUAGACCGGAAAGUCUAAAAGAAAUUGUUUCUCAUCAAGACAUUAUCCUUACCAUCGAAAAAUUCAUUGAGAAAAAUAGAAUCCCUCAUUUACUAUUUUAUGGACCUCCUGGAACAGGAAAAACAUCUACAAUUUUAGCAUGCGCUAAAAAGAUUUAUGGACCAAAGUUUCGAAAUCAGCUUUUAGAGCUAAAUGCUUCUAAUGAAAGGGGAAUUGAUGUAGUUAGAGAGCAAAUCAAAAAUUUUGCAAGUACAAAACAAAUAUUUAACUCAGGAUUUAAGCUUAUUAUCCUUGAUGAAGCAGAUGCUAUGACUUUCGCUGCUCAAAAUGCACUGAGAAGAGUUAUUGAAAAAUAUACCAAAAAUGUACGAUUUUGUAUAAUAUGUAACUAUGUCAACAAAAUUUCUCCUGCAAUUCAAUCACGUUGUACCCGGUUUAGGUUCCAACCUCUUGCUCCAAAGGAAAUUCAUUUUAGACUUAAUUAUGUUAUUGAAAAAGAAAAUAUUAAUAUUAGUGAAAAAGGAAAGACUGCUUUAGUAAACCUUACUCAUGGAGAUAUGAGAAAAGGGUUAAAUAUUUUACAGGCAUGUCAUGCAGCCUAUGAUUUUAUCGAUGAAGAUGCAGUAUAUAAUUGUCUUGGAAAUCCCCAUCCUGAAAUCAUUGAAUUAAUAGUAAAAAGCAUAUUAAAUGACGAGUUUUUAACUUGCUUAAAUACUAUUACAAGACUCAAAACCGAAAGAGGACUAGCAUUAUUAGAUAUAAUAACUAGAGUACAUGAAACUCUUGACGAGCUUGAACUACCAGUAAAUGUACAAAGCCAUAUACUAGAUAGUCUUGCUACAAUUGAAUAUCGUUUAUCAAAUGGUGCAUCUGAAAAGGUUCAAUUAUCAGCUAUGAUAGGAAGCAUUAAAACAGCAGUAGAUUUAGCUGAAAAAAUGAAAAAAUAAGUAUUAAUAUAAAAAUGUUUUACAAUAUUAGGAUAUAUUAUAUUUC